AUGGUGCCACACGAUACCGCUUCCAGCCCCGGCUUUCCUUUUUACAGCCCUCUACCUCGUCAGAUCACCAAACUAGCCGUGGCAGGUCCUUCUGGCUCUCGAUCGGCUCCACAGUCUCCACAUACACCCACCAACCUUGCACAACCGCUUGGUCCCACCAUCGGCACGUUGAAUCCAGAUGGCAGUCUCAGCGUUGUCCGUAACGAUGACGAUGCCAACAACAGUGGAUUGCUCGACCUGAGCCCUGCUCUCACCAGAGGCAUCAAGUCCAGACCCAACUUUGCCGGAUCGCCUUCUGCCAAACGCCAACGCGUCACUUCUCAAAAUUCGAGGCUUGACUCGAUCGCAGACCAAGAUACAAGCGGGCUUGGUGCACAUCAUACCCUUCCCAAGCGUCGCUCGGCUGCCAGGUCGAGGCUGAGCAACCAUGCUACGUUCGGACCAGUGGUACAGUCGUCACAGCCGUCGGACGACCAUCUGCAUUCCGACCCGCUAGUAGCCAACGGGCUGGCUUCAUCUUCGGAUGUGGAAGCGGAGAGUCAGAAAGAAUUGGCGUUUGCGCAAAAAGGUGGUCACGCACUGGAUUCAAGCGAUGAGGAUGAGGAUGAGGAUGAGGAUGUCGAUGUCGACCAGGAAGAAACAGCUUCGACACUAACACGGCUUCGUCGGUGGCGGCAGGACGCUAUGCAGCAGCAUCUCUACGACACAGCCAUCUUUUGGGGCUCGAAAGUCUUGUCACUCGAGACGACUGCUGCUGCUUUCAACGAUGCCUAUCACCUCGCUCAAUGCUACUUUUACACACACCAGUACGCUCGAGCUGAGCAGUUGUUGACAUCACCAUUGCGAACUGCCGCAUCUCGCUCUCGAUCCCUGAGCGGAUCAACCAGCGCACCGACAGCAGCCCAUACCGAUUCAGCACCUUGCUCGGCCAAGCAUACCGGUGCAGAAGGCUUCCUAGCAUCCGAAAAUGUGCAAGAAGACCAAGAUGCUCUGCAAGAGGUACUGCAGCGCACACGUUCUUGCUCAAUUCUACCCGCUAGUAUCAUGGCACGCUCGACAACAAAGGACAGCAUGUACUCCACCACAUCUUCCGCAACGGGCAAACGCAAAAAGCGUGAUUUCAGCGUCACAGCUACAGGCACGGCAUCUUCAGAAACCGAGAGCAGUGGCAGAGAUGCAGAAUCGGAUGAAGAAUUUCUCAAAGCCACUUGCAUCGAUCACGAGCGCGAUGGAUCUAUCAUCCUGAAAGAUGCGCCUUCACGCACGUCGCAGCGACCGAAAUCUGGAGCAGCAUCAAAGUCAAUGGCCACCGGCCGCAAUGAUCUGCAAUCGGACGUGGAUCAAGUCAAGAACAGCACUCUAGCGCCAGCACACGGACCCAUCCUGGUCAACCACAGUCUCGCCUGUCGAUACCUCGCCGCACAGUGUCAGGUACGACUGGCAAAGUAUCACGAGGCAUUGGACCUGCUCGGCGAGACCGAGCACUGGGGAUCUUCGGCGAGUAAUAAGCGACCUGCCAACGAUGGAGGUAUCAAGCUCGGCUCGUCGGUUGCAUUUCUGCGCGGCCAGAUCCAUCUUCGGCUGGAAGACCUGCCGCGUGCGCGCGAUGCGUUCAUGGCAGCGCUUGCGCUCGACGUCAAGAACUACGAAGCUUUUUCAGCGCUAAUCGAUGGCGAGAUGCUGGGGACCGAAGAACAGUGGAGUUUUGUUCAAAGUUUGGAGUACGCUUCUCAGGCUGGAGACGAAGAAGGUGCGGUGGAGGAUUACGAGCUGGUAAGACUGUUGUACACUACGCAGUUGUCGAAACAGGGCAAGAAGCUGGUUGAGAGCACAGCGGUGGCAAGAAGACGUUUGGUGCAAGAGUACGGAUUGGGCGAUGAUCCGGAUGUGCUGCAUGGGUUGGCAGCAGAGUUGUAUUCCAGAUUGCGGUUCAGCGAUGCGUUUAUCGUGACGAGUCGGAUCUUGGAGCUGUCGGCGGACCAUCCUGCGACACUGCCGAUUCAUAUCUCGUGUACCUACCAUCUGAAGAACCUUCGACCGGCGCUGUUCAUGCUGGCGCAUCGGUUGACGGAACUGCAACCAGAGCUGGCCGUGUCGUGGUACGCGGUGGGUACGUGGUACGCAUGCACGCGGAGGUGGGCGGAAGCACGACGCUACUUUAGCAAAGCGUCGUUGCUCGAUCCACGCUUCGCGCCCGGCUGGAUCGCGUUUGGGCACACGUUUGCGUUGGAGGGAGAAAGCGAUCAGGCGAUCAUCGCGUAUUCUACAGCGGCACGGCUGUUCCCUCAAUCGCAUCUACCCAAGCUGUUCGUGGGGAUGGAGCACCUGCAUCAAGACAACCUUUCGCUGGCACGUCUAUCACUCGAAGGAUCGGCGGCAAUCUUGUCGCACGAUCCGUUGCUGGCUAACGAACGCGGUGUGGUCGCGUUCCAGACGGGAGACGUGGAUGGCGCCGUGCAGUUUUUCGAGAGCGCCAUCUCGCUAGCUCGCGAAACGCAGCAGGCGGCUUCGAGCUGGAAGUCGUGCUACCUCAAUUUGGGGCUUGCGCAGAUGCGUAUGGGUAGCGACGACAAGGCGCAAGCGGCUUUUGAGUCGGUGGUCGAGUUGGAUCCGCACAAUUACCAGGCGCAUCUGUGCUUGGGCAUGCUCGCUCACAAACGCGAUGAAUUGGACGAGGCUAUACAGCACUAUCACUCUGCGCUGUCGAUCAACGCGCGAGACGCGCAUGCGACCGAGUUGCUGGAUUUCGUCUUGCAAGAGCGACUUGAGUAUGGCGUCGCCAAAUUUACACGUUACGAUCCGAACGGUAGGCUGUUCAGCAAGUCGGAGCAGCACUACAAGGCAGCCGAGGACGACAUGCGAAAGCGCAAGGGAAAAAGUCGACAACUCGACGCCUUGUCGCCCAACGCAUCGAGCCCAAGUCCAGAACCAACGCACAUGUCGGCUUCAUUGCACUUGUCGAAAUCUAGCCUGCAACAUGGCGCACCGAGCCCCACCGACCAAUCGUCGUUCGGCCAACAUGCGUCCAUACACGCCUCGGCAGCUGACGCUUCCACCGCCACCGCUGCCGAAAUGAGCCUCGACACCUCCUCUGUCCCCUCCACUAUGCUCCGCACGCAUCGCACAAUCCAUGAUGCAGUAGAUCAGAGUAGCAUUCUCAUGGACGAGUCUACCUCUUGA